GCGCACAGCUGUUUGGGAAGCAGAAAGAAACAGUGAAAAAGGGGAGUAAUUACAUAAAAAACACACUGACCGGCAACUUUUGGACGCCUCUUCCCGAAGUUUCCGCCAAAAAAAAAGGCACUGGCAUUUGCACCCAAAGCAUGAGUGAUUAUCAAUAUCUGGAUGUGAAGCUAUAAUGCACGUUUUUAUUUGACAGGAAACUCCGCGAUCCAGACUCCGUGACCUUGACGCCCGUAUUCUUCUUUGGCUGCAUCCACAGCUCCUUGGUUAGUAUAUUUGGCGAAAUCGGUGGCCAGACCACACUGGACAUUGUGAAGUUUAGCACUAGCCAAAAACGCUCCAUUCUCCGGGUGCCAGAGAAUUUUCUGGAUCGCGUUCGCAUAGCUAUAGCCCUGAUAGGAUACUACCAGGAGGUGCCCUGCCAUUUUCAGGUGCUUAGCACAUCCCGCAAGCCCUUGGAUUUCGAGGAAUCGCCCGAGGAGUUCAUAGCAUUUAACUAGCUUAACAUCAUCAGGAUGUCAUUCUCUUACUGCAAGGAGUACGGCAAGGACAAGGUGAUCUUCGUGACCAAGGAGGACCAUGCCACACCCAGCACCAUCGAGCUGCCGCCGCCAGAGAAGCCAGAGGGCGUGAUCACCAAGGACGGCAAGAUCAACUGGAGUUGUCCCUGUCUCGGCGGAAUGGCCACCGGUCCCUGUGGCGUCGAUUUCCGCGAGGCCUUCUCCUGCUUCCAGAACAGCACCGCCGAUCCCAAGGGAUCAGACUGCUACGAUGCCUUCACCAAGAUGCGCGACUGCUUCCAGAAGUACCCCACCGUGUACAACAAAUCUGGCGGCGAUGACGACGACGAUGAUGGCUUGAGCGAAGCCUUGGACACUGAUGCCGCUUCAGUUGGUGGUCAGAACGCAGAUCCGCUGGCGGAUGUGGGCAACAAUGGAGGCGGCGACGAGGUGCUGACCCCCAAUAGCAGUUCGGUGGUGCCCAAGGUUUAGGGCGGAGUGCAUACAUAUGUCGUACAUUAAGAUAAGACUUCGUACAAAAUAAAUAAAGCCUGUCUUGGCUGGUGGCCAGUCCGGGCAAAAAGUAUUGAUGA